GUUUUCCGCGAAAACUGAAAGCAAAUUCAAUUCAAUUCAAUUCAAUUCAAACCGUAUCCAGCUAUCAAACCCCAGGGAGGAAAUAAUACACACUACUUCUACUUACUACCGAGGUAUAGAUACCGUACUGUACAGUACUGUACUUAGAAGACCACGCUAGUCAUCCCACUGGAAUUCCUCGCCAACGCAAACUGGUKACUACCGGCUCUUGGUACGGAUAGGUACUAGUACUGCAACGACACCACCCUCCGCUCCCGCCCUUCGCUUUCCCUCUCUCCCGUCCUACCAUGGAAUCCACCGGACCUGUUUUUACCCCCGGGGGGCGAACACGAAUCGCAGGCCCGCGCAGUUUCCGGUUCCCAACGUCUUCCUUGUUGGGUGGUUCGUCGGGUGGGACGGGGAGGGGAUUGGUGGUCCUGCUGCUGUGCCUGUUUUGUGGCUUGGGUCCGGUGGCGAGCUUGGGCUACGAGCAGCACGGGGCACGAGACGUGGCACAGCACGGGCACUGCGACGAGAGCAAGUGCCGGUCGUCGGGCGUGAUGGUCCUUCACCUGGAAGACGCAGACGGUGGGAACGGAACGGGAAACGGAUGGGAAUACGAGUACUCGUACCCGUACYCGUWYUCGUACUCGUACCCCAGCGACGACGAACACCACCAACAGGUCGCGAAAGCCUACUCGUCGUUGAACGCAACGAGCCAGACGCUCACCAGCCGAUUCGGUUGCUACGCUCCCGUUGGAACCCCGCUGCUCUGCGCACCCUCCUACACCGGGCAACCCGUGCCAUCCGAGCCCMCGAUCGACUUGCUUGUCAAGAACGCUCUGGGGGACCAGGUCACCACAACCCUGGUCUAUUACACCUGCUGUCGAACAAAAACUCGGGGAGGCGAAACCAACACCAACACCAASGACAACGACGACGAUGAAAUCGAUAUCGAUAUCGAUAUCGGUGCCGAAAACGGUGCCGAAAACGAAAAAGAASAAUCAAAAGACGAAAGCACCAAACACGAACCACUCGUCGCGGAACGCCAUUGCACCGAUCCGUUGUUCGUCCGGCCCGUCGUUGGCGAAAAGAUCGACGUCGACGUCGACAACGGGGACAACCAAACGCAAACGCUGGUUCCCAGCGACCCUUCCCCGGACGCUUCUGGUUUCGGCAAGCACGCUGCCUCGGCAAUGCCCUGUCCGUUUCCGGACCGGCCCCACCCGAGGUUGCUCGUGAAAGGAUCCCAUACCCUGUUUUAUCCGGCCACGUACGUUUGCUGCGACUCCCGGCUCGGUCCGAUCCCCCGGGGCGAACACCGGGACCGCCCGCCCUUGCAGGAGGGAUUGGCCACCUCUGUCGACGGGAGUGUGUUGGUGAGCCGAUUUGGGAGCGGUGACACCAACAGCAGCAGCAACAGUGGCGACGAAUACGACGGGGACUAUAACGGGGACUACGGCUACAACGACGACUACAACGACGACGACGACGACGACUAUGCCAACUACAACAACGACGACUACGAGAAAUCCCUCUUUGGAGCAUGCGACGAGAGCCGGUGCAUUUCCAAGGACCACACCCGCAGGAGGUACGACUGCUUUGGGAGCAGCGAACCCCUUGCGAUUGCGAACAUGCGCUGUAGCGAUGGAUUCGUGGGGAUCCGCACGGAAGGGGUAGGCAACCUCCAGACCUACCCUGUCUUUCGGGACGGGUCGCCCAACCCACUCUUUCACUAUACCUGCUGUCCCCCCGAAACGCUGAAAGAGCUAGCGAGCAACCGCAACAUCGACGGCGAGACCACCAACACCGAGAUGCUGGUGUUACCAACGCGUCCGAAGCGGCACUGCUCCGAACCCAUCGUCCUUUCUCAACGAGUCAAUGCCACCGGUCAGACCACCAACUGGGAAUUGAACGGAAUUGACUUGUACGGGUUGUCACCCUCCUCCGGAAAAGACGACGUCGGCCGAGCCAUACAACCAUUGGAAAACGAAGAGGCAGAACUCUACAAAUCGCUGCUUCGAUGCGAUCUCCCAAUCGUCGAACCCGUGCUGAAAUACCCCCGCUAUCUCAAUUCGUACCACGACAUGGAAACCGAUCAAAAGCAGCUAUCCUAUGUUUGCUGCGACGAGGCGUUGCCAGAGGACAGCAAGAACAUCAGGAACGAGGACACCAUCACCAGCAACAGCAACAGCCGCAACGACGAGGAAACAGUUCUCGAUCGAGCGGCGUGUGUUUCGGUGUGCACCGACCACGACGUCUACCAGUGUGCUAUCCUUAACGCGUACGGAUACCUCACCCCGAUGGUCUGCCAGCACCCAGACUUUUCCAAGUACGCAGCUUUUUCCCACCCAAAACUGGUGUUUACCAUCGGAGCAGUCCACGAAUUGGACCCGUCGAACAACUUUUACAACUCCAUGGACGGCGUGUCCGUCUUCGACUGCUGCAGGGAGCCCCCCGAGGAUUCCUCCCUGGCCGGGCCCUUUGUGAAGGACGACUCCUUUCUCUGGACAGUGUGGCCGCAAAUCGCGGUGUCCGGUCUCGGGCUGGGACUCAGCCUUCUCUCCAUCGCCAGCCUGGCGCUGCCCAUCCUCCGAAAAAUCAAGAUGGAACACGACGGGGACGAUGUCAGCGAGUACAACGGAUACAACUUCUACCUCAUCCUUCUCUGGAUCCCCGACGCGCUGCUCAACUCGUUUGUCCUCUCCCUCUACGGGGGCUACGCAAACCAGUUUUACUCGGAACGCCACGCCGGGCAGAUCGUCUUCUUCCACACCCACGUGACCAUUGGAAACGCAUUCCGCCAAAACAUCCCACUCCACCGGGCGAUCUAUUACGCCUGCUCGACCGCCAACCUCUACCUCAACUGCUUCGUGGCCCACGAGGUCUACGUCUUGCUGAAGCGCUCGCGCGCCGGGAUCCGGGUGCCCCCGCCGUCCCUCCGGAGGGCCACCCUCCAGGCGCUGGUGGCCUAUUCCUACGGGACGGCCAUCUUUGUCCUCCACUACUUUCUGGACGGGAGAAUCGUCAUCGAUGACACGUCGAUCCACACGGUGUCGGCGGUCCUCUACUAUUUGCUGUCGGCCGGCUUUCCGCUGCUGUACCUGGGCUGGGUGACGGUGACCAUUUGGCGGAAAAAACUCGUCCCGUCCGGUCUCCUAUCGUCUCUGGCAAGCCGCCACGGCAGGGGGCUCAGGGAGCUUGCCAUGUACUACUUCCGGAUCAUCGUCGUCUUUUUGCUGUACUGGGCCCCGGGGGUCGCCUUUCUGGUCGCCUCCCGCUUUACGCGGAACAUCGAUCUGAACGACUGGAUCCAGCUCGGGGACACGCAAUACGCCACCUCGCCGUGGCUCUACACGGCCGGCCUCCUGCUGCUGACCCUGCAGCCGAUCGCGUCGGUGGGGAUGGCCCUGACCAAGACCGACGUCCGGCGGUCCUUUCUCGCGCUGGUGACCUGCGGGGCCUGCGGUUGCGUGUGCGGAAGGAAACGGAAACGGCAAUCGAGCGGGUCGGCGGGGACGGUCUAGCAGGGCCGUGCCGUGCCGAGCCAAGCCACCCACGCAAAUGAUCGAUGCAAAUGAUCGAUGCAAAUGAUCUAUGCAAAUGAUCCAAAAUGUUUGAUGCAAUGCUCGAUGCAAAUGAUCCAAAAUGUUCGAUGCAAUGUUCGAUGCAAUGAUCCACGCUAAUGUUCGAUGCGGUUCGAGGCAAUGYAACCAAACACAAGGCGAAAACAGAAGACGAUGCAAUUGGAACGGAGCGCAAGUCCUAUUGUCGCAGUCGUCCACAACAACGGCCGUACACAUGCGAAAUACAGUAAGCACCGCCGCAGAAAUUUUCAAACUUCUUUCCAAUCGAAUGGAAGACGCUAUGCCAUCACCAACGCUUUUAAAAUUAUUUUAGAAACACUACUAGAAUCCGCAUGGCGUGUCCGAUGUGUCUCGUCGCGUUUAUCGAUGGCUGGGGAUUCCUAUUGCCCUGUCUGUGUUUCUGGACUACAUCCCGUCGAUGAUGGAUGCAUUGCUCUGUCUUUCCCGUACGAAAAAAAGUGAAGCGAUACC